GGUUGGGGGGGCUUUGUGCGCGGCGUCGGUGGCGGCGGCGGGAGCGGGCGGCGCGACGGCCAGGAUCAAGGCGGAGACGCGUGCGAAGGCCGUCUCGACCCGGAGGACCUUGCCGCCCCGGUCCGGCCGCCAGCCCUAGGCUCCUCUCCGGUAGCAGCGGCUGCGCGGCGUCCCCCAUCCCUCCGCCUCCCCUGCCUCCCCCACCUCCCGCAGCCUUCCUCCUCUCCUCUCGGCGCCCGGCCCGGCCCUACCGUGGCCCUCCUCCGUGCACGCCGCCAUGGCAGAGGCAGCCGGCGCGAGGGAAAUCUAGCCCGGGGAUUUCAUGCGGCCUAGCUUGGUUCCGUCUUCUGCCCCCGCAGCCCCGGCGGCUGCCUGCACCCCAGCCCCGCUCCGGGCCUCCGUGUCUCUCCUGUGAUCGUACUGACACGGCCGGGGGGUUAGAAUGGAACAAACUGAAGUAGCAGCGGCAGAAUGGGAAGGAAGAAGGAGCUCGCGUGAACCUCGGCCCAACAUUGUCUCAGCCUACAGAGGGCAAUUGACAGCAGCUGGUAUCCAGAACUGAUGCCCGAUGAGAGAAAGGGAAAGUUAAGGAUGCUGGAGCAGAACAAUGGAUUUCUCUUUCUCUUUCAUGCAAGGGAUCAUGGGAAACACAAUUCAGCAACCACCUCAACUCAUUGACUCCGCCAACAUCCGUCAGGAGGAUGCCUUUGAUAACAACAGUGACAUUGUUGAAGAUGGUGGCCAUACACCAUAUGAAGCUACCUUGCAGCAAGGCUUUCAGUACCCACCUACAACAGAAGAUCUUCCUCCACUCACAAAUGGCUAUCCACCAUCAAUCAGCAUGUAUGAAACUCAAACCAAAUACCAGUCUUAUAAUCAGUAUCCCAAUGGAUCGGCCAACGGUUAUGGUGCAGUUAGAAACUUUAGCCCCCCUGACUAUUACCAUUCAGAAAUUUCAAACACAAGACCACAUGAAAUUCUGGAAAAACCCUCUCCUCCACAGCUACCACCUCCUCCUUCGGUACCACAAACUGUGAUUCCAAAGAAGACUGGCUCACCUGAAAUUAAACUAAAAAUAACCAAAACUAUCCAGAAUGGCAGGGAAUUGUUUGAGUCUUCCCUUUGUGGAGACCUUUUAAAUGAAGUACAGGCAAGUGAGCACACAAAGUCAAAGCAUGAAAGCAGAAAAGAAAAGAGGAAAAAAAGCAACAAGCAUGACUCAUCUAGAUCCGAAGAGCGCAAAUCACACAAAAUCCCCAAAUUAGAACCAGAGGAACAAAGUAGGCCAAAUGAGAGGGUUGACCCUGUUUCCGAAAAACCAAGAGAAGAUCCAUUACUAAAAGAGGAAACCCUGGUUCAGCCAAUAUUAUCUUCUGUCCCUACACCAGAAGUGUCUGCUGGUGUUAAGUUCCAGGUUGGCGAUCUUGUUUGGUCUAAGGUGGGAACCUAUCCUUGGUGGCCUUGUAUGGUUUCCAGCGAUCCCCAGCUCGAGGUUCAUACCAAAAUUAACACAAGAGGUGCCCGGGAAUAUCAUGUCCAGUUUUUUAGCAACCAACCAGAAAGGGCAUGGGUUCAUGAAAAACGGGUACGAGAGUAUAAAGGUCAUAAACAGUAUGAGGAAUUACUGGCUGAGGCAACCAAACAAGCCAGCAAUCAUUCUGAGAAACAAAAGAUUCGGAAACCCCGACCACAGAGAGAACGCGCUCAAUGGGAUAUUGGCAUUGCCCAUGCAGAGAAAGCAUUGAAAAUGACCAGAGAGGAAAGAAUAGAACAGUAUACUUUUAUCUAUAUUGAUAAACAGCCUGAGGAGGCUUUGUCACAAGCAAAAAAGAAUGUUGCCUCCAAAGCUGAAGUUAAAAAAACCCGGAGACCAAGAUCAGUGCUGAAUACUCAGCCAGAACAGACCAAUGCUGGUGAGGUGGCCUCCUCACUUUCAAGUACUGAGAUUCGGAGACAGAGCCAGAGGCGGCACACGAGUGUGGAAGAGGAAGAACCACCUCCUGUUAAAAUAGCCUGGAAAACAGCAGCAGCGAGGAAAUCUUUACCAGCUUCUAUUACAAUGCACAAAGGGAGCUUGGAUUUGCAGAAGUGUAACAUGUCUCCAGUUGUGAAAAUUGAACAAGUGUUUGCUCUUCAGAAUGCUACAGGAGAUGGGAAAUUUAUUGAUCAGUUUGUUUAUUCAACGAAGGGAAUUGGUAACAAAACGGAAAUAAGUGUCAGGGGACAAGACAGACUUAUAAUUUCUACACCAAAUCAGAGAAAUGAAAAGGCAACUCAGAAUGUAUCAUCUCCUGAAGCAACACCUGGUUCUGCAGGCAAGACCCUCCACCAGCAAAAAGAUUACAACUCACUUUAUUGCGGUGCUCUGGAACUGAACCCGCAAUAUCUCCAAGGCUCAAUAGAAAAGAAGCAGCAGAGAAGAUCAAUUAGGACUCGUUCUGAAUCAGAGAAAUCCACUGAAGUUGUGCCAAAGAAGAAGAUCAAAAAGGAGCAGGUUGAAGCAGUUCCUCAGGCGACAGUGAAGACUGGAUUACAGAAAGGUGCCAGCGAGAUUUCAGAUUCCUGUAAACCUCUAAAGAAAAGGAGUCGCGCCUCAACUGAUGUAGAAAUGACUAGUUCAGCAUACAGAGACACAUCUGACUCCGAUUCUAGAGGCCUGAGUGACGUGCAGGUAGGCUUUGGAAAGCAAGUAGAUAGCCCUUCAGCUGCUGCAGAUGUGGACGUUUCAGAUGUGCAGUCCGUGGACUCAAGUUUGUCGAGAAGAGGCUUUGGGACGAGUAAGAAGGACACUGUGUGUCAGAUCUGUGAAAGCUCCGGUGACUCUCUGGUUCCUUGUGAGGGAGAAUGCUACAAACACUUUCACCUGGAGUGCCUGGGGUCGCCUUUGCUCCCUGAUGGGAAAUUCAUCUGCGUGGAAUGUAAAACCGGACAGCACCCGUGUUUUUCAUGUAAGGUGUCUGGUACAGAUGUGAAACGUUGCUCUGUUGGUGCUUGUGGGAAAUUCUAUCAUGAAGCCUGUGUCCGCAAAUUCCCCACUGCCAUCUUUGAGUCAAAAGGGUUCCGCUGUCCCCAGCACUGCUGCUCUGCCUGCUCGAUGGAGAAAGACAUCCACAAAGCAAGUAAAGGCCGCAUGAUGCGCUGUUUGAGGUGUCCAGUAGCCUAUCACUCUGGAGAUGCGUGUGUUGCUGCCGGAAGCAUAUUUGUGUCCUCCUACAUUCUCAUCUGUAGUAAUCAUUCCAAACGUAGCAGUAAUUCGUCCUCUGCUGUAAAUGUAGGCUUUUGUUUCGUUUGUGCAAGAGGGCUGAUAGUUCAGGAUCAUUCAGACCCCAUGUUCAGUUCAUAUGCCUAUAAGUCCCACUACCUACUGAAUGAAUCAAAUCGUGCAGAGUUGAUGAAAUUACCUAUGAUUCCUUCUUCGUCAGCUUCCAAAAAGAAAUGUGAGAAAGGUGGAAGAUUGCUCUGCUGUGAAUCGUGCCCAGCUUCCUUCCACCCGGAAUGCCUGAGCAUGGAGAUGCCAGAAGGCUGCUGGAAUUGUAAUGACUGUAAAGCUGGCAAGAAGCUACAUUACAAGCAGAUUGUUUGGGUCAAAUUGGGAAAUUACAGGUGGUGGCCAGCAGAGAUCUGCAAUCCCAGGUCUGUGCCUCUGAACAUCCAGGGCCUUAAGCAUGACUUGGGGGACUUCCCUGUGUUCUUCUUCGGUUCUCAUGACUACUAUUGGGUGCACCAGGGCAGAGUGUUCCCUUAUGUUGAAGGAGACAAAAGCUUUGCUGAGGGACAGACUAGUAUCAACAAGACCUUCAAAAAAGCUCUGGAAGAAGCUGCAAAACGUUUCCAGGAACUGAAAGCACAAAGAGAAAGUAAAGAAGCACUAGAGAUUGAAAAAAACUCAAGAAAACCUCCUCCUUACAAACACAUCAAAGCCAACAAAGUAAUAGGGAAGGUGCAGAUCCAGGUGGCAGACCUGUCAGAGAUCCCCCGCUGUAACUGCAAGCCCGCCGACGAGAACCCUUGCGGCCUGGACUCGGAGUGCCUGAACCGCAUGCUGCAGUACGAGUGCCACCCGCAGGUGUGCCCCGCCGGGGACCGCUGCCAGAACCAGUGCUUCACGAAGAGGCUCUACCCUGACGCGGAAAUCAUCAAAACGGAGCGGAGAGGCUGGGGCCUCAGGACCAAGAGGAGCAUUAAGAAGGGUGAAUUUGUAAAUGAAUAUGUUGGCGAAUUAAUUGAUGAAGAAGAAUGCAGAUUGCGAAUCAAGCGAGCUCACGAGAACAGUGUAACUAAUUUUUAUAUGUUAACUGUUACCAAGGACCGUAUAAUUGAUGCUGGCCCAAAAGGAAAUUACUCCCGCUUCAUGAACCACAGUUGCAAUCCAAACUGUGAAACACAAAAAUGGACAGUGAACGGAGAUGUUCGAGUUGGACUUUUUGCUCUUUGUGAUAUUCCUGCAGGGAUGGAGUUAACUUUUAAUUAUAACCUGGAUUGUCUGGGCAAUGGCAGAACGGAGUGCCACUGCGGGGCGGAUAACUGCAGCGGUUUCCUCGGAGUGCGGCCAAAGUCGGCGUGCGUGUCAACAACCGAAGAAAGGGCAAAAAAUGCUAAGUUAAAGCAGAAGAGACGAAAAAUCAAAACAGAACCAAAGCAGAUGCAUGAAGAUUACUGUUUUAAGUGUGGAGAUGGUGGAGAGCUGGUCAUGUGUGACAAAAAAGACUGUCCCAAAGCAUACCACCUCCUAUGCCUUAACCUGACUCAGCCACCAUAUGGAAAGUGGGAAUGCCCGUGGCAUCAGUGCAAUGAGUGCAGCAGCACAGCUGUUUCCUUCUGCGAGUUCUGUCCACAUUCCUUUUGUAAAGAUCAUGAAAAGGGAGCUCUGGUUCCCUCUGCACUAGAAGGCCGUCUCUGCUGCUCUGAACAUGACCCCGCGUCUCCUGUGUCACCAGAAUACUGGAGCAAGAUCAAAUGCAAAUUGGAAUCACAAGAUCAUGGAGAAGAAGUAAAAGAAUAAAUGGGUGGUGAUUUCCUUUUUUUAUUUUUAUUUAAAUGAAAAAAAAGAAGCAAAAAAUACAUCCAUGAUGCGUUCGUUAAGAGGAGAGACCAUGGCAGUGCACACGCCCCCGCCAUCAGUACUGCCUUAUUCAGUGAGAACGGGGGCCUGCCCCUGCGGGCAGGAGCAGUUGGUGGUAUCUGGUUUUUCUGUUUUGUUUUGUUGGUUCGAGGAUUCUUUUGUGGAGGGUUCGAUUCCCUUGGUCCUUUCUUGCCUUUUGUUGUGCUUCAAUGCCUUUGCCGCUGGAAAAAGAAAUGUCUUUGCUUUUAAAAUAAGAGCAAGAAGAAAAGAAAGUUUGUUAAUGAGAUAAAUGUAAAGUCUAGGAUGUGUUCCUUGGGUGUAAAAA